AUGAAGAGAUACAUUCUCAACGAAGCCGCUUUUUCGCCACCGGCCGACACUUUCAAAAUCAGCCCAAGUGGUCGUUCAAUAGCGAUCCAACGAGAAGAGGAUAUUACAGUAGAGGGGUGGCGCGACCGAACUGUUUUAAGUCCAUUUACUGACUACGCCUGGUUUUUGUAUGACAACACAGAGAUGUUAGUUCUUCGACAAAAUAAUAUCAUAUUUAUAGCGGAUGAGAAGACCAAACCAUCACCUCUCAUGAAAUUGAGUAGUUUUGAUGGCAUCAAAAUUCACUCAUACAAAGAUGUAUUUGUUGUUGUCGUGAUUAUAAAGGAUGUUGUGGAGCCUUAUAUCUUUCACAAACUCCGACAAACCCGAAAAAAAGGAAUACCGAGGAGCAUUUGUGUGACGUUUAAUUUCAAUUGUUUGCUCGUAUUGCGUGAAGGUGGGGAAGUGGUUUGUAUUGAUUGUCGACAAGAAGGGAAGGAAAUAGCGUUUCACGUUGACUUGACAGAAAUGGGAAUGAAACGGGAAGAUCUUGCAAAUGUUUUAGGUAUCGAAGUGAGUGACAAUUUGAAUUCGUUUUGGAUCAUCAAAGAGACUUGUAUAACACGUGUGAGUAUGGCGAGUGUCCCGUCAGUAAGGGAAUAUGCAUUUGAUCAAGAAAUGGAAGAGUUAUAUGAAUCGCGCGAAAUUAAAGAACCGAUUGUAGAAGAUGACUUUGAUGAUGUCGAAGAAGACGAAUACGUUGCAUAUAAAGUCUCACAGUACAUUCAAGAUUAUGUCGAUCUGUGUAAAUUGUCUUCCACAAUUGAAACGUUUGCAGUGAAACAUGUCGUUGAAAUUGAUUGUCGCAAUUGUGUCGUCAAAACUCUAGUCGACGAUAUGUCGCAACUUGUUGAUUUGAAAUCGAUGAGUUCCAAUGACCGUUUCAUAUCCGAGAAAAAGACGAACGUUCUCUAUUUGUUUGGCACCGGAUUCUGUUGGGGAGUUGUUGAAGACAAUUUGACUGUUUUAUAUUUGAGGAGUGAUAUUGACAUUGCAAAGGCGAUAUUAGUCUGUGAAUUUGACGCGAUGUUAAAGGUGUUACAGUCGAUGAAUAAUGUAGAAGUGAAUUAUACGCUCAAAUUGAUGUCUGUCAUAUCACAUGGGAAGAGUGAAGAUGUGGUUGAAUGCUUUUCCAAAGCAAGUCCACAUGAGUUGUGGCAAAGUGUUGAUAUUGUCAACACUUUCAUCGAAGGAAACGACUCGUUGAAUUACGUUGUUGAAAAUGCACUGGAAGCGGGAAUGUAUAUCAUCCAAAUGUUGUUCAAGAACAACAAAAGUGUCAUAUUCAACGAGAAGUAUCAAGACUUCUGUCGUCGAGUGAUCGACAUGAAAUGUCCGGUAUGGAAAAAGUACUUGAAAGAAGGGGAGAAAUACGUCGAUAAGGAUUUGGUUGUUCUCCAUCAGUGUGCUAUUGACAUGGAAUCGAGAAACAAGGCAAUUGAUUAUUUGUACACUCACACCGUUGAUGAGUCAAUUCAUUUGGCUUUAAGGAGUGGCAUUAUCGAUUUAAUUUUCUUCUAUCAAAUGCUCGGUCAUUCCACAUGCAACUCAAGAUUGAUGAAAAACAGUUUUGAGUGUCUGCUUAAAUGUGGUGUUCAUUUAGACAACAAUCUUUUGCGUUAUGGCGAUCACGUGAAAAUGAGAAGUUCAUAUGAAAGUGAGGGGUUUGAUUUGAACCAGGCGAAACGAGAAAGUAUGAGAAUUCAUAAAGAACUUGAGGACAAACACAAUUUGGAAAAUCUUGAGAAAGAAAAAUCACGAACAUUAAAACAAAACGAACUUGAGAAAGUGAUUGAACGCAAAAACGAACUUCUUGAGGAAUUAAAACUGAUGCGAGAAGAAAAAGAGAAAGUCCAUCAAACGAUCUCAUCAAAUCCAUUUGAUGAGAGUGCAGCACCUCUUCAAACUAAUAUUAUUAAUAACGAAACUAUUGAAUAUAUGAAAGAAAAGGAAUUGAAAGACAUCGAAGAUACAAUCUCAAGUUUUCAAUAUGAUAUUGGCGAAAUCACGAACACCAUAUGUCCAUUUCCUUCACUUGAAAUUUUUAUCCCCGAAAUUGUCGAAGAAAAAAAUGCGUUUAUUUGUGACCCCCUUGAAUUGAUUUGCCCGCUUGAAAUCACAGACAAAGAAAGUCAAAAAGAAAUCUUAGAGGAGAAUGGAGCCCUAGAAAAGGAUGAAAAGUACUCAGAAAUGCAUUUCCCAAAACACCAACUUGUGAGCAAGGAAAUCACUUAUUUCUUCACGCCAGUGACUCACGUCAACUGUUUGCCACUCUAUGAGAUAUAUCAUGACACCACUAGUCCAUGUAAUCAAUGGAUGUUAAAUGCAGACGAGUUACUCACACAAGACUUCUCAUAUGAAGACAUCGAGAGGAAAGAGAGCGCAUUGACUCAAUGUCCUUACAAAGAGAUUGUUGAAGAUAUAAAACUGUUGUAUCAAAUAAACAACACGUACACUCCAACUCAUCGAUAUGGCGUUUCUACACAACGAAUUCAAUCCCUGGAAUGGCACGAAUUUCCUCUUAAGGAAUGUUUGAUGUUUGGGGACGUUGUAUUCCCUCUGUUACACAUUAACACGACGAAUGAAAGUGACAAGGAAAGGUGUUUAAAAAUCGUUGAAAGUGAGACGAAAGCGAACACCAUUUUUAUCGAUGAAAUGGUGAAGACUAAGAGUGCAAUGAGAAUGAACCAAUUUAAGUCAAAUCAUUUCGACAAGAACUCAACGUUUGAAGAGAUCGACACGUUUGGGUUCUUUAACAGAGAAAAGCUUAAUGCCGACUUCUUCAAUGUAUUUAUUGAAAACAAGAAGCUCACUGUUAUCGAUUUAUUGACGUUUUGUGACCACCACAAAGUGACUCUUCCUCUCUUUUUAAAUGAAGCUAAAGCUUCAGACAAGAAGAAAGUCUUAAACAACCAAAUGAACGAAAUGAAACACGUGGAAACAGCAUUUGGACAUAGUAAGAAGUACCCGUCUUUACUUGAAUUUUGGAGUUCAGUGCCAUUGGAGGAGUAUUUGAGUGACUUCACAAUACUAAAGUCAAUGUCUUCAAUACAAGUUCUCAAGAAGAUUCCCGCAAGGAUUUUGUGCGAGAUGGUUUUGUUCUGCGAGAACGGCGCAGUGGAACAAGCGGAAGUCCGAAGAGAACAGUUACAUGAAUUGAUCAAUGAAGACGUCGACUUGCCUCGUCAAAUUGAGAACGUGUUGACUGAGUACUCCCAAGUGUCUGACGUCGAGACGUUAUCAACACUCUCAAAAGUUUUGGAGAAGUCGCGAUACUUCAGGAAGAUCUCUGCGAACUUCCGAGCUAUUUCUCUGUUACUCCGAUGUGGUGUGCCAAGGAAGAACAUGAGCAAUGACACUGAAAUUCUUCAUGAAUUGAUGAAGGCCAAAGUGCCGUAUUUUGACGAGUUUGUGUUGUUCUGUAGUGAAGAAGAGCAAUUCCAGACAUACAUCAUUCGCUCUCUCAAUCGGCUCGACACAAGCAAAUCAACAUUAAACGCAUACAACAUAGUUUUGGAAACUAUUAAAGAAACUCUGCAAACCCAACCCACACAUACAAAAACAAAUCCAAUCGGCUUUGAAAAGAACAUUAAAGAGAGUUGGGAAUGCCAUAUUAAAAACAUGAACUACUUCACAGGGAGUAAACACCAUUUGGUCAAACAUUACAAAAAGUGCAUAGAAAAGGUUGCGUCACAUAAAGAGUGUUGUGUCGAGCAUAUAUGCGCUAUAUGCAAAUAUUUGGCCGAGGAGAUUUACAAGAAGACCAACGAGUUGUCUGACAAAUUUGCAAUUGAGAAGUACACCAGUCAGAGUUUCAACGAAUGUCUCAAUAUCUUAGGGAAAAAGGGUCUGAGCGAAGUCAAGAAUGUACUAAGAUUUAUGACGAAUGGGCAAAUGAGUCAAGACAUUCUAGCAGCACCUCGAGAAAAUAAUAAACACGUCCGAAUGACAAUUGCA